CUUUCUCAUCAAAAUACUUUGUUGCAAAACUAAUUUGUUUUUGAUAUCUAUUUAAACUUCAUAUAGUUAUAAAUUUAUUACUGUCUAAUAGUUGUUAUUCACGAGUUUUGGAAUGAGACUGUAGAAACUUUGUAAGCAUUUAUUCAUACAUGAAGUAGAUCAAUCAUGCAGAGCAUCUCAUCAUAGUUUUGUCCAUCUAAAAUGAAAAACUUCAGUACGAAUUGCAGACUUUUAGUAUAUUGCUACUUGGAUGAAUUUGAUAUCUUACCAUAGAAUCAUGCCAUGAGAUGUGCACUUGAGUUUGCAACCUGGGCUUCACUGGAAUUUAGUGAUAUAAUGAUGUCAAUAAAGCAAAAAUUUAUCUAUUCCAAUACUCCUUAUCCUAUUUUUCAAUAGAUUAUAGCUCUUUUUGUUGGCAUGGAGUGGCAAUUUAUAUACACUUUGACUUGACCUUUUUGGAAUAGAAUCUUAUUAAGCAUUUGCUUUAUGGUAUUACAGCUUUCUUGAAGAGUCAUUCCUUUUGUCUAUAUGGUUCUAGGUUGUUAAUGAAGAACCUUGUACUACUGAGGGUUUGCAUGAAGUUGAAUUGCUUUUACCAUUCAUGAAGAAUACACAGGCCGAAGCAUGCAGCCAAAAGGUUGUUGCCGGUGUUCUUGUGUUCAGUGGGUCUGUGUGUUUCUUUGCAUACUUGAAUUCAAAAGAACCAGUUUCACAGGCUAUCACUGAUAUAAAGGAUGAUAUCAUCAGGAGUCUACAUAGCAGACUGGAUAUCAUCUGUGAUGAAGCAGAUGAAGAUGAUGAAGAUCUAGGUCCAAUAGAUGAUGAUGGUUGGGAAGCUAGUCAAGAAAAACAGCCUGAAAAACCUGUUUCCAGACUUGUCCUGUGCUUGUUGAGGAAAACAUGCAGGCUUGCAUUUCCUCGAAGGUUACUUAUGCCUUGGUUAGCUGGUACAUUUAUAUGUGACUACUUACAACCAUCUGAGACACUUGAGGUCCUAAAAGAUCAUUGUGUUGAGUUGAUGUCCAUGGAAGCUCCAGCCGAUGCCUCAACGAUUCUCCAAACAGAAGUAGAAAGCUCCAUCAGUGAUCGCUAAAUCUUUUUGGGAUGUCGGAGUCCCAGGUGAUUCUGCAUGUAGCCUUUCUUUAGAGAAGAGCACAAGGAUUGACACGAGUGGUGCGGUUAGUAGAAGGGAAAAUAUCAAAUCAAUAAAUUUCAACAUGUUGGGUGCAUUUUUCUUCCUA